CAGAGCCGCAGGGAUCGGAAACCGCUGAAGCAGGAGAGGUGGCAGCCCAGCGAGGACCACCAUGGGGGACCAGAGGCCGCAGGACCGGCCGAGGUCCCCGGGCAUGGACUCCACUCCCCGGUAUUGUGACAAACGGCCUUCCAAGUGCUUCGCGGAGCGCAAGCACAGGCGCAUGAAGUUGCCCCCCAUAGACACCGAGAACUGGAUAUUUGUGAAGGAGGGCAUGGACGACUUCCGCUACGGCUGUCCGUCUCCCGAGGAUAUGCUCAUUUGUCGCCGGGACGACUUCUUACUCCCCAAAAUCUCUAGCAGAAGUCCGCAUGCUGACCCACAAAGCAGGCAGAAAAAGCCGCUCAAGGAAGCGGCCCUAUUUUCCAAACUGUCGCCAGCCCAGCUAGCACGGAAGGCGUUCGUAGAGGAAGUGGAAGGCCAGCUGAUGGCUGAGCAUUCCUUGGCCAUGGACCCCGAUGUGGCAGAAGAUAUGCCUCCAGAUCUCCUACGACAGGUGCUGAAAGUGCUGGAUCCUGAGAGGAGGCUGGAGGGCGCAUGGGCUUGUUGUGAGGGCUCGGAGAAGGCAACCGAGGAACCCACCGAGCCUGGUAAAUACCCUUGUGGGGAAUCCUACCCAUGGCCUUCCGAGACUCCGGUAUCACAUCUCUGCCUAGAGUCUCCUGAGAGGAGAUUGUCCCAUCUCCAUCCAGAGACUCUUGAGACUGUAAUGUCCAGUCUCCUCCUGGGGCCUCCCAAGACUCGUCAGAUAUCGAGUCUCUACCCGGAGCCUCCCGAGACUGCAGUGUCCCAUUUCUGCCCGGAGCCUCCCAAAACUCGUGUAUCUCGUCUCUGCCCAGAGCCUCCUGAGACUGGAGUGUCCCAUCUCAGCCCAGAGCCUCCCAAGAUUCAGCUGUCCAGUCUCUGCCCAGAACCUCCCGAGACUGGAGUGUGUCAUUUCCACCUGGAGCCUCCGAAGACUCGUCGGAUGUCCAGUCUCCACCCGGAGCCUCCUGAGACUGGAGUGUCUCAUCUCCACACAGAGCCUCCCAAGAGUCGUAGAUCAUCCAGUGUCCACCCCGAGCCUCCCAAGAUUGGAGUGUUUCAUGUCCACCCAGAGUCUCCCAAGAGUCGUCGAUCGUCCAGUCUCCCACCGGAACCCCCCAAGACUGAAGUGUCUCAUGUCCAACCAGAGCCUCCCAAGACUCAGAGGCCCUGUUCCAGCCCGGAACCUCCCGACACUAGUGUGGUGUCCAAUCUCCUACUAGACAUACUGAAACUGCUGGAUUCCCAGAAGGAGCUGAAGGACGUAUGGGCUCGUUGUGAGGCCCGGGUGAAGGCAAGCGAGAAACCCACCCAGUCUGAUAAAUACCUUUCUGCAGAAGUCAUCCAGCAGCUUCCCGAGACUCGUCGGGGGUCCCGUGUCCGCCCGGGGCAUCCGAAGACUCGUCGGGUGUCCCGUCUCCGCUCCGAGCAUCUGAAGACUCGUCUGGGGUCCCGUCUCCACCCGGAGCCUCCCAAGACUCGUCGGACGUCCAUUCUCCACCCGGAACCCCCCAAGACUCAUCGGGGGUCCAGUCUCCACCCAGAGCCUCCCAAGACUCGUCGCGGGUCCAGUCUCCGUCCAGAGCCUCCCAAGACUGAAGUGUCUCAUCUCCACCCAGAGCCUCCCAAAGCUCCAGUGUCCCAACAAUUAUCGGAGCCUCCCAAGAUUCGAGCGUCCUUUCUAAAAGCACUGUUUCCAGAAGAUACACCAAGCACAAGGAAGGAUUCUCUUAAAUUUAGAUACACAUCAGAAAAACUCCGUGACUUCUUCAAGUGGACUGAAGAAAUGGGAGCUGAUGAAGAAUCCAUCAGGGAUCUCUUCGACUUUACUCCCAAGUGCAAACCAACCUAUGACGACCAACAGAUAAAGAAGAUAAACAAGUGGUCCUCAGAGCUGCAGUACAACAUAGAGCUAGAUGAAAUGGAUGAGGUCAAAUUACUAUCAAAGGAAAAAUUCUGGAGGAGAACAUCGCAGACAGCACCAAAUUCUUAUACUGCGCAACCUGUGAAGAUGAGGUAUGGAGCGUGGUACCUCAAGCCUAAGCUGUGGAGAAAGCUAAGAAGUGAUGAACCUUUGAUUGACCCCAAGCUCUUACUUAAAAAGCCUGAUGAACCCGACAUUCUUGACGAACUUUACGGACCGAUUGCCUUUAAGGAUUUCAUUCUAAGCAGGGGCUACGAAAUGCCUGGCGUCAUUGAAAAGCUGUUUGCCAGGAUGGGAUGGACUUAUGACUCUGUUAAGACUCCUAUGGAACGCGCAAUGAAACUUUACAAAUACAAACAACCACGGCGAGGGGGCAUUGCAGGAUUGGACCAUUUUCUACUUCGUACUUAA